AUGAAGCGGAGCAGCCUCUCUGCACUCACCAUGACCUUCGUCCUCCUCCUCCUCCGCCUCCACGUGGCACAGCCUGGGAGGACGAAAGCCGUGAACAAACCUGGAUACUGCCCAGAGUUCACACUUUCCUGCCCUUUCAUGAUGUUACCUCUGUGCCAUCGCGACAAAGGUUGCAAGAAGUCCAAGAAGUGCUGUUUCUACAACUGCCGUAACCAGUGUAUGGACCCGUGGUUUGAAGUAGAAACCCCUUCUUAACCAGGCCAGAGAAGACACUGGUGACCCAGGCUCAGACCCGGAUAACUGGUCUCCAAUUCUCCCACGUUCUGCUCACCCCCAAGGCUUCCUUUUGUCCGAGUUCAGUGCUUA